AGGAGAGGAAGUACUUUUGACUUUUCAUUAUUUUCGAAGAGGCGGGUAGGGCUCGAGAAGUCUAGGGUUAGGGUUCGAGAGAGAGAGAGAGAGAUCGAUUAGGGUUUGAGAGAUGCCGAAGAACAAGGGUAAGGGAGGUAAGAACAGGAAGAGAGGGAAGAACGAAGCAGAUGAUGAGAAGCGGGAGCUUGUCUUCAAAGAAGACGGCCAAGAAUACGCCCAGGUCCUCCGCAUGCUCGGCAACGGCCGUUGCGAAGCCAUGUGCAUCGAUGGAACCAAACGCCUUUGCCAUAUCCGCGGGAAGAUGCACAAGAAGGUCUGGAUCGCCGCCGGUGAUAUCAUCCUCGUUGGUCUCCGUGACUACCAGGAUGACAAGGCUGACGUCAUCCUCAAGUACAUGCCCGACGAGGCUCGCCUUCUGAAGGCCUACGGCGAGCUUCCGGAGAACACUAGGCUCAACGAGGGUAUUGCAGGCGGCCUUGACGAGGAAGAUGAAGGUGCAGGCGAUGACUACAUCGAGUUUGAGGACGAGGAUAUCGACAAAAUCUAGACGCAUAUCUAGGGCUUGCGAUAUGCCCAACUGCGUUUAUAUAUCGAGUUUUUUCCUUGAUAUUUGAUGUUUGCUUCCAUGUUAUUGGUGGAUACAGGUAUUGCAGUCUCCGAGGCCUCUGGGAUUGCUUGUAAUAUUCAAUCGUACGCAUGCUUAUUUUGGUUUUAUGUAUUAAGGUCUAUGGAUGGUGAAUUUGAUGCAAUAAUAGUGAACUUCCUUUUAAUUUGCCCAAUUAUUUGGGUUUUAUAUUUUUC